AUGCUUUAUGAAAAGAUGAAAAAGAAACAGCGACAGCCAAAAGUUUGGCAAAAAAAGAAGAAAAUACCAGCUUCUGAAACUCAAACCGAUUCUGUCAAUAGAAAAAGUGCCUUGAUUCAGCUAAAUGAAGAAUCUGUUGAAAAAUUCUCACAAUUCCUGCUCUCUGCUGCAACUCUGAAAGGAUUAAAGCAGUACUCCUUCCUAAAACCUACCCUGGUUCAACGUCUUUCCUUAAAACCUGCACUUCUUGGGAAGGAUGUUAUUGUAGAAGCCAAAACCGGCAGUGGCAAGACCCUGGCUUUCGUCAUUCCUGUUUUGGAGUACAUAUACCAUGAAAAAAUUACCCAGUUCGAUGGUCCAGUGGCGGUCAUCCUUACACCGACUAGAGAGUUGGCCCGUCAAAUUUAUGAUGUCUUUCGUCGUGUGGGCAGGUUUCACAAUUUUACUAUUCUCAACAUCAUGGGAGGAAAGACACGAGUAAGUUGGUUAGUUGUUUUCAAUAAUUUCCCACUUUCGGCUGCGGGGCAUUAUUUUUGA